UGAGAGAGAGGGAGAGCGGGAGAGGGGGAACUAUCCCGCCAUUACCAAACUGUACGAAUUGUUUAAGCUUUGCUCUCUCUCUCGUCGGGAAAAAGCAAAGAUUCGGGAACAAAUUGGCUCUCCAUUGUAACAGAGCUCGUGAUUCCCACAAGUUUUAAGCGGUUUUGAAGGGAAAGAAGAUUGCUGGAAGCUCUUCAUUACGUUAAGCUGAUGAACAAUGAGAAGAAGAUGAGUGUGUGCCAUCUCCCUGAAGGCCGAGAACCCAGCAGCCAUUUUCCUCAAACAAAUUGGUCGGAGCAUACCAAGACACUCAGCUCCAAUUUCCUUUACUCUCUAGAAAGUCAAAAGCCUGUAAGAGAUCAAGACAUGGUUACAAGGUCUAUCGCCUUUCGUACGUUGAAUAUUCAAAAUUUGCAGCUCCCACAAGUUGAAAGGGCUUGGCAUUCUCUUUCAAAUCUAUCGAUGAGUAAUACCUACCUGAGACCUGGAAUAACUCCCCCAAUCAUUGAUGACAUCACUAGUUCAAAUGCUGCAAGAGGAAGAUACACUGCCAAAGUUAUAUCUGAGGCUGGUGGAACGUUUAAUGCGCACAGUCAUCAAGACCAUAGUCACAUGCAAAUGAGGGGAACUGCAAAAUCUUUUGACAGUUUCAGUCCGCCUGAUGAUGAUAUAGUAAUGGCUGGAAAGGUUGCAAAUGGGGACAAUAAGGUUAGAGCUUCAGUUACCAGUUGUAAGUAUUUAAAUGGAAUGGAUAAGUCAUUCGGGAACCCUUCAUUCCCAACUGAGCAUAUGAAAUCUAGCGAAGCUUUUCCUGAUGAGAUUGAUGACGAUGACAUACUCAAGACUAUUGAUGUGGACCGAAUUGUCAUGGAACAUUACCAAUCAACAAGUACUCCUCAACCAUCUUUCAAUAGAAAUAUUCCCCCGGAAGAAGGAAAGACUAGUUUGCCUCCUGAAUUAUGUUCCAGCUGUGAUCAUGGAAAUAAGGUAGGGCAUUGUUCAGAAGCCUCAACUCACAUAGAACAGAUGAAGGACAGGUUACUUGUGAUAUCAAAUGAACUGCUUGAUAAUGCUGCUGACCUGAGUCCUGAUCAUUCAGAAAAGCUUCGUCAGGAGAGGUUACUGCUGAAAAAGCAAAUUCAGCUGCUUGAGAUCCAUAUCCAGGAUAUAGAAAGGCAGAAGUCUCAGUUUUUGGCAUCUACAGCAACUCAGAAUUUUCAGUACGAAACACCUAGAAGACCAGAUUUCACUGUGGAUCAUGUGCAUAGGGAUGCCCAGAAACAUUCUGGUGAACAAGGAAAAUAUGCACAUGAUAACUGGUACAUGCCUAGCGAUUCUUUUUCUGCUGAUAGGUAUGGUCCUUCAUCUGGUCUUAUAGAGAGGGAGCAAUAUAUUCCUAAGAUUAUUGAUGUGAAUUACAUUGAGGGCUCAAACGAUAAGAAGUGGAGCAGUCGUGAUUUUCCUUGGACCAAAAAGCUGGAGGUCAAUAAUAAAAAAGUAUUUGGAAAUCACUCAUUUCGGCCCAAUCAAAGAGAGAUCAUUAAUGCUACAAUGAGUGGGUGUGAUGUUUUCGUUUUGAUGCCAACCGGAGGGGGAAAAAGUUUGACCUAUCAGCUCCCUGCACUGAUCUGUGCGGGUAUAACAUUAGUCAUUUCUCCACUUGUAUCACUUAUUCAAGACCAGAUAAUGAACCUAUUGCAGACCAAUAUAACUGCUGCUUACCUAAGUGCCAGCAUGGAGUGGGCUGAACAACUGGAGAUCCUUAGGGAGUUGGGCUCCGAUCACUCUAAAUACAAGUUACUAUAUGUUACGCCUGAAAAAGUGGCAAAAAGUGAUUCUCUUUUGAGGCACCUAGAAAGCUUAAAUGCCCGUAGUUUGCUUGCUCGGAUUGUUAUUGAUGAGGCUCACUGUGUGAGCCAGUGGGGACAUGACUUUCGACCAGACUACCAGGGUCUAGGUAUUUUGAAGCAGAAGUUCCCUAAUGUUCCUAUGUUAGCUCUAACAGCUACAGCAACAGCUAGUGUAAAAGAAGAUGUUGUGCAAGCUCUUGGCCUUGUUAACUGUGUCGUGUUUCGACAGAGUUUCAAUCGCCCAAAUCUACGGUAUUGUGUUGUUUCCAAGACAAAAAAGUGUCUGGAAGAUAUAGACAAGUUUAUUAAAGAAAACCAUUUUGAUGAAUGCGGAAUUAUUUAUUGUCUUUCAAGAAUGGACUGCGAGAAAGUUGCUGAAAGGCUGCAGGAGUUUGGCCAUAAAGCAACAUACUACCAUGGUAGCAUGGAUCCUAGCCAACGUGCCUUUGUGCAAAAGCAAUGGAGCAAGGAUGAAAUAAACAUAAUAUGUGCCACAGUGGCAUUUGGCAUGGGAAUUAACAAGCCGGAUGUUCGCUUUGUUAUUCACCAUUCUCUCCCGAAGUCAAUAGAAGGCUAUCAUCAGGAAUGUGGUCGUGCUGGUAGGGACGGUCAGUGGUCAUCGUGCGUUUUGUAUUACAGUUACAGUGACUAUAUACGGGUUAAGCAUAUGAUUAGCCAAGGAGGAGUUGAGCAAAGCGCCAUGACAACCGGGUAUAAUCGUGCAUCAAGUUCAGGAAGGAUACUCGAAACGAAUACUGAAAAUCUUCUUCGCAUGGUUAGUUACUGCGAAAAUGAGGUGGACUGUCGGCGUUUUCUACAGCUUGUGCACUUCGGGGAAAAAUUUGAUUCUGCAAACUGCCAAAGAACAUGUGAUAAUUGUUGCAGUGGCAAAAAAUUAAUUGACAAGGAUGUCACAAUGAUUGCAAGGCAAUUGGUUGAAUUGGUGCAGCUAACAGGGGAAAGGUUUUCUUCAGCUCAUAUUCUAGAAGUCUUCAGGGGUUCCUUAAGUCAAAUGGUCAAGAAACACAGACACGAAACCUUGCGCCUCCAUGGAGCUGGAAAACAAUUAGCUAAAAGUGAAGCUUCUCGUAUCUUGCAUUAUCUGGUGACAGAGGAUAUUCUAGUUGAAGGUGUUAGGAAAAGUGAUCUGUAUGGAUCUGUAUCUUCCUUACUGAAGGUGGUGAAUAAAUCAAAGGCUCAGUCAUACUUUUCCGAAGGGCGGACUAUAACGAUGAGAUUCCCUUCGGCGGCAAAGGUUAGCAAAUCUGGAGCGACUCCAGCUAAAGGACCACUAAUAUCUGGAAAGCAAAGCGCUCUCCCGAUGACAGAUGUUCCUUCACAACCAAAAUCGAAAGAAGAUUUGAAUCUCUCUGCCAACUUGUACUCGGCUUUGAGAAAGCUUCGUACAAUUCUCGUUAAGGAAGCCCCCGAGGGCGUCAUGGCAUACCAUAUAUUUGGCAAUGCGACGCUGCAGCAGAUAAGUAGAAGAGUUCCCAGAACCAAAGAAGAACUACUUGAGAUCAAUGGCCUUGGGAAGGCUAAAGUAAGCAAGUAUGGUGAUCGGUUGUUGGAAACUAUAGAAUCAACCAUCAAGGAGUACUAUGGAACCGGUAGGAACGAGAGUCCGGAUUCAGGGAAGAGGCGAAGAGAUGAAAAUGUGAGCCCUAACGUGACGGAGGACGGUGAUUUCACAGAGAGCCCAGCAGCAUUGUCCUACAAAAGAGCAUCCAGGAACAAAAGCAAUGUGGUUUAUGAUGAACGUGUGGAUGAUGAAGGGAUGGAUAACUGUGAUGUUGAUGAGAACGUGUCGGAGGUUAGACCAGAGGGAAGAGUUUUACCAUGGUGACCCAAAAAAAAAAGCAUCCUCCCCACAAGAUCACUAAGUAAAAAUUUUGCUUUCUAUGUUUCGAUGUAAAUGACCAAGGAUCUUCGUUCUUUUUUAUGGUUUUGAAUACAGUGUUUGAGGUGUAAUUGAUUUCAUCUCUUUAGUUUGUUUUUUUUUUGUUAA